UAUACAAUGUACGCGUUUUCGAUUCGUUUACUGAUGAUGUUGUCCGUUCUCAAACUGAUUUCUUCGCGAACCGAGUUUACAAACUUUAAGUGUCACUCUUUGGACACAGACUUUUCCGAAUUCGAAUAUUGCACCCUGAAGGCUGUAAAUCGAUCGUACAAGUAUAUUUCGACAAAAAUCAUACUCCACAAAGUUCCCAUUACUAAAGUAAAGGUUAAGUUUGGACUAUACAAGAAGUUUAGUGGUUACCGGCCCUUUCUGUACAAUAUAAGCGUAGAUGCCUGUCAAUUUUUGAAGAACCAGAAGACCAAUCCAGCCAUGAGCUACUUUUACGAGUUCUUCAGGAGUGCUUCCAACAUGAAUCACACCUGCCCUUUCGAUCACGACAUUAUUGUGGAUAAACUAUCCACGGAGUUUUUUAAUCACCGAAUAACGAAAAUUCUAUCUUUUCCUGAGGGAGAUUACAUGUUUGAGUGGCACUGGAUAGCCUACGACAUAACACGCGCAAUAGUGAAGCUGUAUUUGACGCUUUCCUAA